GCGCUUGUAUUAAAGUUUAGGAAGAGAAAAAGAAGAGGCCAGCAUGGAUUAAAUAAAUGAAAGGAGGAUAAGCCACUCGCAUUAGGAAAUUACAAAGCUUUACGCAUGAAAACCACAUCCCAUUGGCUGCUCCCCUUGUAUUUCACUACCCCAUGCCAUACACUUCCCUCUCUCUCUCUCUCUCUCUCUCUCUCUGCUUCUUGCUCGUCUGAGUCUGGCAAAGGAGGGCCGCCUCUCUUGAUGGGUAAUUCAUUGUUGCUGUGGUGUUCCAUUGGUUCGGCGCACUUGGGGGCAAAGCAUAAUUGAUGAAGUGGUUGGGUAUGUGUUAAUAUUGAAAUAAGUGGUAAUCGUGAAACAGAAAUAACCUCGCAAACUGUAAUUUGGGUCUUUUUGGAGGGUAUUUAUAAUGCAAACUGCAUGCUUCAAAGAUCAUGGAGGCAUUCUCCAGAAUCCAAUUCCUCAGUCCACGGUUCCUUUCAUGCCUUGGUGGACCACAGCUGGGUCCCAACAGAUAUUUGGUGAAUCCUUCAGCCAGUUGAAGUCUAUAGCCAGGGACCACCCAAAUGGAGAAGAUCAUUCGUCAGCCACUCCACGACAAGGACAUCAGGCUACAGAUCAUGGACCAAUCCUGGCGAUCCCAGAAAAAGAGGGUUAUGAUGCUGCUAAAUUCUCUAUAUUUCCUGAUCAUCUGGGAGCUUUUGUUUCAGGAAACAACAAGGAUUCUGGGAAGGGGCAGAAAGCUCAGCAACUCUCUACAACUAUCUCUCUUCUGCCGUCUCCCCCAGAAAACCAAGCUUGCUUUGAGCUAGGACUUGGUCAGCCUCUGGUUUGUGCAAAUUAUCCUUACAUGGAUCAGUGUUAUGGUCUAUUUGCAACUUAUGGAGCUCAAGCCACGCAUGGUCGGAUGCUGUUGCCGUUAAACAUGACAGAAAACGGGCCAAUUUUUGUAAAUGCUAAGCAGUACCAUGGGAUUCUUCGGCGCCGACAGUCUCGAGCAAAAGCAGAGCUGGAGAACAAAGUGAUCAAAGCUAGGAAGCCUUAUCUGCAUGAAUCCCGUCAUCUUCAUGCAAUGCGUCGAAAAAGGGGAUGCGGUGGUCGGUUCCUGAACAUGAAGGAGGCGAGCAGUGGAAAAGGUGGGGGUGACAGUGUCAAGAUGAGCGGUGGGCCUCUUACUCAGGCUGUUGGCUCUCCAAGUUCCGAAGUUCAGCAGCGAUCUGAUAGCGGGAAUUUGAAUUCAGCAAAGGAAGGAUGCAGCGGCUCGAGUCUAUCUGGAUCAGAGGUGACUAGUAUGUAUUCACGGGGUGAUGUAGAUCGCUUUCAGAUGGAACAUCUCCGCCCCUCUGCUUUUCAUCCUCUCGCAAAUGUGAUGGAUGGUGGGCCGAGCAUCGGAAUCACUAGCAAGUGGGUCACGGCAGAUGGCUGCUGUGACUUGCUAAAAGUUUGAUCGUGGGGACAUAAUAGGGGGUUGUGAGUUGUAGCACUUGCUUACUGAAGAGCUGUGCGACAGUCUGCACGAACCCUGUCCCUGUGGCAACCAGAUGGAGGGGCUCAUUGGAUCAUCAUUUAUGAUUGGUCUGAUGGGCCUCGGUCGAUGGCUUGUCCACACCACCAUGUGGUUGUUAUGAAGGCAAAUCAUUCUUGGCUUAAGUGGCAUUAAGGCCUUGCAUCGCUUGAAAAACAGUCCUAAAAAAUGCUAGCAGUUUCCAGGACAGUUGUGAUGUUCAAAGUCCUAAAUGUCUCUUGUACAAAAAAUGCCUAUGAAGGGGCUUGGCCCUGUAGUAGGCAAGUAGUAUUAGUACUUUACUAGCAACGGGCUUGCUUCUCGAGCUGCUCGGGUUUGUGAUUUUAAGGAGUCUGUGGACAUUGUUCAGUGUGUUUUGGAAGAGGAUCUCUUCCUACUUUUAAUGUUGUGUUGUUGUAUUACUAAAUGUGCCACAACCUAAGAUUUAAAUGUGUGUGAAGGGAUGUGAAGACGAGCUUGGAUUGCUUGUGUUUGUGAUUUUAAUAAGAGUGUGGACAAUGGUGUGAUUGAAACUCA